UGCCCUGCGCCUUCGAGUCUUCUGCUUCAAUCCAUCCAAAAACCCUAAUUUUCCUUCACUCUCUGUAACAGUCGCAGCAAACGCCCAAAAGUCUGUUCAAUUUUCAGUUAAGAAUCUUCCAUUGCUCCACAUUUAUUUCUAAUAAUUGUGGUCAGUUUCUAGCCAGAGAUUCCGUUGGUUUGGAAUAAGGAUUGGAUAUAGAGAUGGGAAGUAAUUUUCCCUCUCUUCCAGUGAAGCGAACUGUAGCAUACACGGCGCCGGUCACUGGAAUGGGCGACUCAUACAUAGGUUUGGCGAAUGGUUCAUCUAAGUCCAAGAGGUUCAAGCAACCUCCGCCGCUUAUCAUUCCUCCGGGUCAUGUUGCGUUUCGAAUGCUCUGUCACGCUUCGAGAAUCGGUGGGGUUAUUGGGAAGUCUGGGCUUGUGAUAAAGCAACUUCAGCAGUCUACUGGAGCGAAGAUUCGCGUUGAGGAAGCUCCGAAAGAAUCGCCGGACCGGAUUGUUACUGUGAUUGGGCCACCAGCGCUUACCUCCAGGGUGUUGCUGGAUCAAAACCCUAGCGAGAAUGGGGUCAGUGUGAUUGAAGUCGAGGCGUCGAAGGCCCAAGACGCGCUUCUGAAGGUGUUCGAGAGGAUUUUGGAGGUUGCGGCCGAGAGCGAGGGCGUUGGAAUUGGGGCUGAAGUUGGAGUUGUUUCUUGUAGAUUGUUGGCGGAGGUGGCUCAGGUUGGGUCAGUUAUAGGCAAGGGGGGGAAGGUUGUGGAGAAGAUAAGGAAGGAGAGUGGCUGUAAGAUUCGGGUCUUGACAGAUAAGUUGCCGGCAUGUGCAGGACCUUCAGACGAGAUGAUUGAGAUAGAAGGGGAUGUUUUGGCUAUCAAGAAAGCACUCCUUGCUGUAUCUCGAUGUCUUCAAGACUGUCCUCCAAGUGAGAAGAUGAGGAUGGUUGCAAGCAGACCUGCUGAAGCAGUCAUCCACGAGACUUUACCCGAUCUACAUUUGGAUCAUAUUUUGCAAAGGAAUUCAAUACUGCCCAUCUUGCCAAGCAAUUCAAGCAUUUUUGCGUCAGGAAUCCAUUCAUUUUCUACAGAUUCUGAUGUGUUAUCUCCAGUAGACACGGAAGUUACACAGCAGGAUGUUGUUUUUAAGAUUCUUUGUGCUAAUGAUAGGAUUGGGGGUGUCAUUGGCAAGGGUGGUACAAUUAUUAGAGCACUUCAGAAUGAAUCUGGUGCUACUGUAAGUGUUGGACCAUCGGUGGCUGGUUGUGAUGAGAGACUGAUAAGUAUUACUGCAUCUGAGAACAUUGAAUCGCGAUACUCGCCGGCACAAAAGGCUGUUGUUCUUGUUUUCUCGAGAUAUGUAGAUGUGGCAAUUGAGAAGGGACAAGACAUGAGCUCAAAUAAGGGAGCGUCUAUCGUGGCACGGCUUGUUGUUCCAUCAAAUCAAGUUGGUUGUGUGUUGGGAAAAGGAGGUGUUAUAAUCUCCGAAAUCAGGAAGGUUACAGGUACAAACAUAAGAAUAAUAUCGAGUGAUCAUGUCCCAAAGUGUGCUGCAGAAAGUGAUGAAAUAGUUCAGAUUUCAGGCGAGUUUUCAAAUGUUCAAGACGCCUUGUACAACGUUACAGGUCGACUACGGGAUAACCUUUUUUCUAAUGUCCUAAGUAAUUCUGGAGCAAGGAAUGGUGCUGGUUCAUAUAUAUAUCCUGAGACCAGCCCUUAUGGAAGACUAAGGGAUCCUGCACCUCUAGCACGAACGACUCCAGUCGGCGCUUCUCAUAGUAGUUUUAUACAACAUACAACUCAAAGUACAGAUGACUUGGGUCUUUCUCACAGUUUAGACAGUUCAUCAUCACCUGGGUUAUGGGCAUCACAGUCUUUAUCUGGGAUAAGUUCUAGGACCAUAUCAGAUGCUGGCAGGGGUUUGCCACCACCAUCCCAUAGGGGCGGAGUACAUCUUGGCAGCGGGAGCAAGACUGCUUUAGUUACGAACACUACUGUAGAACUUAUAGUUCCCGAAGAUGUUAUCAGCUUAGUGUACGGAGAGAAUGGCACAAAUUUGGCUCGUCUAAGACAGAUUUCUGGUGCGAUGGUGACGGUGCACGAACCCGAUCCCCUAACAAGCAAUCGACUUAUUGUCAUAUCUGGGACACCGGACGAAACCCAGGCUGCACAAAGCCUCCUCCACGCCUUCAUCCUCACCGGAUCCUCAUGACAAGCUCGACUCCAAAAUUUAUAAAUAUCCUUUUUGAAUCCCUCCCUGGAAAUAUUGUACACUAAAAUCCAACUCAGGCCGAUAAGUUCAUUCCAAUCUCAUUAGUUCUUAGGAAAGGCUAUUUGGCUCUAAUGCCAUUUCUUGCA